AUGUCUGCUACCAUCACUGAUACCCAGUCUCCAGCAGCUGCCAAUGGAGUCCAGGAUCCCCAGCAGUAUGACUACAGCCGUCUCAAGCCCUAUGUGCACCCGCCGGUAACAAAGGCGGAGCUCCCCUGGGCUGAACUCGUCACCCUCGACCUCGAGGAGCUGAGCCGCCCGGGAGGCAAAGAGCGUCUGGCAAGCCAGUUGGAACACGCCGUCCACCACGUCGGCUUCUUCUACGUCAAGAACUUUGGCCUAUCCCAGGAAGAAGUGGACCGGCAAUUCACACUCGCCCAAAACUUCUUCGAGCUGCCGGUGGCAGAGAAGAAAAAGUACGAAGUCCGCUACGCCGAGGCCGACUACAACGGCUGGAGACGGCCCGGCCGGUCGCUGCAGGCCACUGCCAGGGACAACGUGGAGAUGCUCAACUUUCCCAAAUUCACAAAGGACUUUGUCGGGAAAUACGACUAUCCCGAUCUGAUCAAGGCACACAUCGGUGAGAUCGAGGCCUUUCAGCGCGCCCUCCAUGCCAACGUGGUGCUUCCCUUGCUGCGUCUCUUCGCGGUCGUCCUGCAACUUCCCGACGAGGAAUACUUGGUCAAACAGCACACGUACGACAAGAAGAGCGAGGACCAUUUCCGAUACAUGCUCUACCACCCGCGCACCGAGGAACAGUGGGCGGCCAGCGACUACGGGAGACGCGGUGGCCACACCGACUUGGGGACCGUCACGCUCUUGUUCCGUCAGCCCGUGGCCGGUCUGCAGAUCCUGGGUGAAGAUGGGAAUUGGACGUACGUGUCGGCGCAACCCGGCACAAUCACCGUGAACCUGGCAGACACUAUCUCGCAUCUGACCGGCGGGUGGCUCAAGAGCUCGGUGCACCGCGUCGUCGCCCCUCCGGAAGACCAGCGCCAGUACAAACGCACAGGACUGCUGUACUUUGCCCGGCCGCACAACGACACAGUGCUGGUUCCCAUCACCGACUCGCCCGUGUUGGAAAAGGCAGGUGUCCAACCCAGGUUCGACAAGCUGGUCACCAUGGAGCAGUGGGUCAAGGCAAAACAGACACUGCAGCUGAAUCCGGAUAUUGCGGCCAAGAAGUGGGCGGAACGCGGAGAUGGGACUGUCGAGGUCCUCGCUGGGUUCCGGGACCAAAAGUACAAGUCAUAG